UGCCAGAGGGCAGAGCACGAGCGCAGCGCCCGAGACAAGCGCCAUUCAUCAGAGCGGAGCACGGAUACACCUGGUCACACCGGAGAGAGCACUUUGGUGACUGAAACAGCACCCCCCGGGUUAAUCUCUUGAGGAAUGCGGUGCCAUUAGGACGAGAGCUGAGACCUAAAAGUUUUUUUUUUUUUAUCAAAUCAAACUUUAAGAGAAGGUUUUAACACGUUUACGGACAUAUAAAGGGAUAAUGGCAACAGGAGGAUUUAAGUCAAGUCCCACGACAGACUUUUUAGAGGAAUGGAAGGCUAAACGGGAGAAAAUGAGAGCCAAAAUGCUGGGGGACAUUGCCGCAGCGACUGGUGCUCCCUUGGGUGCUCCUUUGGGUGCCAGCAACACAAACAGCAGCAGCAGCAGCAGCAGCAGCAGCAGCCGCCACGCUGCUCCACCACCGGGCAACGAGCUCACCAACAACCUGGAGCGAACCGCCUCCGCUGGAAACUUCCACCCGUCCUCCCCUCUGGUUCGGUCCUCCUCCGGCACGGCUCUAAAGAGACCCGAGGAGGAAACGCACCACCACCACCCCGCCGCCGCUGCCGCUGCCGCCGCCGCCGCCCUCCUCACCCCGGGGACCAACCUGAAGAAGGCCCCUCCUCAGCAUAUGGAGCCGGCUCAGUGUGUGUCCCCGGACUCCACCAGCCCCAUGGCGUGUAAUGACAGUGACAAGGAGAGUCCAUCACCCAGCAAGGUGAAGGAGAAGAACAGCAGCGGCCCCAGUGCCAGGAAGGGGAAAGGGAAAGGGCAGAUCGAGAAGAGGAAGAUGAGGGAAAAAAGGAGAUCAACAGGUGUUGUCAGCUUACCAUCCAACGAGAGCCUGGACGAGCUGGACGAUGACGACACAGGGGAGAAGAACCGUAAGGAGGAGGAGGAGCUGGUUCAGGCCAACACUUUCCAGAAUGAAGCCAUGACAGCUGACCCCACCACUGGAUAUAUGGAGACCCCCAGAUCUGGGAGCGGCCGCCACAAGAGCUCUGCAGGGCCGGGGUCUGAAGAAGAGGUGAGUAGGAACAGCAGACAACGACACCACCGUCACGCCAGAGAUGAUGGAGCUGCAGCAACGUGGAGUUUGGAGAACAGGAUGGAGGAGCUGGAGAAGGAGCUGGCCAGAGAGCGUCAGGAGAACGCCCGGUUGCUAAAAGCCCACCAGGACAAAGAUGACCUCAUCGGGAAGCUGAAAGAGGAAAUUGACUUGCUGAACACAAAACAUGAAGUUGUUACAGAGUUUCCUGAGGUGGCACCUGUCUGUCCUGAUGAAAUGAAUCCUUUUUGCCAGACAUCUCAGAAGGAUACGCCUGAUACCGUUCUCCCACCUGAUUUGGGAGCACUUUUUGAUGGGGAGGCAUCAGAAACUCUUGAUACCACUGACCUGGAUGACAUUGAAGACGAGAACGAGCAACUCAAACAGGAGAACAAGACUCUGCUGAAAGUGGUCGGUCAGCUGACGAGGUAGAACUGCACCCCAUUGGACCUGACACAAACAUCACAGAUGAAAUGGAGCAACUCUUAUCUGUCCUUUCUCCUGACCUCCUGCCCUUGGUCUCGACCUUUUAUCUGUUAUAUUCUGUCUAAGGAGUCUUCCUCAGCCUCUCAGCCGAUUCCAUUAGUUGUGAGAGCUGAGCAAACUAGGGGCUUUUGUUUUCCUGUCCUGACACUCUCAUGAGGACUAUCUGUCAUAUCCAUAUUUAAUGUAAAUGUAUUGUACAUAGGCCAUUAAGAUUGUUAAUUUUUAGAUUUUUUUUUUUUUUUGGUAAGGUCUUAAAAAGCAAAAGUCAAACGAAUGUAUGUGCAGCACAAACGAGCACACAAAGCCUUUUGAAAACAUGUUUAGAGGUUGACAAAAAUCUAUAUUUUUCCUGUUCAGAUUGGAACCCUUCCAGGUCAAUUGAAUAACAAAAUUGCAGUGUUGCAAUGAUAGAAGUUUGUCUGAGUGCAGUUCAUUCAGCGAUGGAGCUUCUGUCGAGGAACACUUGGACUAAAUUCGACCUAGUUACUUUUUCAUUACCAACAGCCAAAGUGUGUAAGACGUGCAAUUUUAUUUGUCCAAAAAAAACAAACGCUUAAAGCCUGGUGCUUUAAUAAUUAACAGUAGUGCCAGAUUUCUUUCCUCUCAUCAUUUCUUGGUACAUUUGCAGCCCAAUAAGGGCAUCUACAAACCCGGAUGAAGAAAAUUCCAUGAUUAUUUUUUCGGAUGUAAAACUUUCUACCAAGUACAUGCUUUAUGCAUUUCAAUGAAAUGUUGCAGGGUCAACCCCUUUUCCUAGAAUAUACAUAUGGAUCCUAUUUUUAAAAGCAUUUUUCUUCCUGUAAUUUGUUUACAAGUUAUCUCUUUGUUAUAUGUGAUAGAUGUUUUAGCUGCUCUGUUUAUGGCAUCUAAGAUGUGUGGAGUGAGCUACAGUGCAUUUUUUUUUGUAUGACAACCAAAAUGAACUGAAGGAACAUACUUUUUGAAAUGCAUCUCUUUUUGUUUACUCAAGGGAACAGGCUCACCUGGGUAAUUUCCAUACUAAAAUCUUUUUAUCUCACUAAGGAGCUUUUUCAUUAAGCUCCUCCUCUAUGGCGAUUAAUCGAUAGGUUUUAGACGUACAAUAGAUAAUUCAGCUUCUACAUUCAUGCUCACAUUUUGGGGUAAAGAUCAUCCACUUGAUGGCAGACACCACAAACCCAUCUCUCUUUCCAUGACAUUAUGCAUGUACAGAAGAUUAAGACAUUUAAUAAAAGUUUGAUUAUCUCUCUCCUCA